CACAAAUUCAUCCAAUAUUUUAGCUUUGGCAUUUCUGGUGAUCUUCUCUGCUCAUCCUUGAUUGUUGGAAAACAUGACAACUACUGCGCUUCCAAACUCGAUGGUGCUGAACGUCCCAACAGCGGCUACAAACCCUUACGUAUACAGCAAGGACGACGGGUCGGUGGGCAACGGAGGCGACAGCGUGUUCAACCCAGUUGUGAAGAUCGCAGUGGAGCAAGCAACAGUGGACAGCAAAUACGUUCACCUCCGCUUUACUUACACCAAUAAGUACUGGCAGAAGAAUGCUAACGACAACUCCAUCGUGGCGGUCUCAAACACCCCCGUAGAGGACACAGCGGACCCGUCGUGCACGCUCUUCGAGGCAAGCCUUCAAUCAGAUGGGGUGGUCUCCUUGACUCAUGUCCAGACGGGCUGGGCCGUGCUGAUUAACAAGUCCACUAACACGUUAUACGUGGACGAAAACGGGGACGCCACGAGUCUAGGGUUUGUGGAUGGGGAUGCGCUGGUUCAGCUGCCUACGUUUAUAGCCCUGAAAGGAGACAAUGGAAUGUACCUCAAAGCGUUUGACAGCUACGGGUGGCGCCUGCAGUUCGGAUCUGACGAUGCUAACGAUAAAUUAUCGGCCCACACAGUGACGCUGAUGCCCGACGGACACGUUCAGAUACUUUCGGAUCAUUUCAACAAGUUCUGGUGGAUGGCUGCUAAUGAUUCUGAUUGGAUAUACAGCGACUGGAAUGCAGAUCCAGGCAGCCAAUACACCACUGUGUUCUGGCCAGUUAAAAUCGACGAAAACACGAUAGCGCUUCAAAGCAAAGUCAACAACAACUACUGCCUGCGUUAUACCGACGCCCACGUGAGCGACUGUCUAGCUGCUCGCGCCGACUCCCUCCAGACGUCUGCGAGAUUGCAGGUGCAGGAGCUAGUAAUGGAGAGGUCGAUCUACAACGUGACUUAUCAGAUGGAGAACGCUAGGAUAUAUGGCGAGACACCUUUUCUAGCGGGCACCGCCACCCUCACCAACACCACAGAUCAAGAGGAUUCCAUGGCUGUGGAGAUCACCUAUCAAGACGAGAAAUCUUAUUCUUUUAGCCGCGGCGCAUCAUUGAAAGCAGGGGUGGAUGUCAACAUCAAAGCCGGACUCCCCUUCAUUUUCGACGAAAAGAUUGACAUUUCUGUUGAGAUAAGCGGUUCGUUUGAUUGGGACACCACCACCACAACUGCAACUUCAGUUACCGCUCAGGGCUCUGUUCCUGUGCCUCCCAAUAGUACCGUUACAGUUAGUUAUGUUGGGACCAAGGGCACUUGCAAUCUUCCUUAUACUUACACUCAAGAAGACCGAAGCUCUGUCACCGGCGAAAUUACUUAUUAUAAUCAGACUGAUGGUAUCUACGAGGGUGUCAGUUAUUACAACUUCGUCUUCCAAGUCACACCAGCUUGAUUGCUCCAUCUCUGUGUGCUGCCUGCAUCGCAUCGAUCACCUCUGCUGUUUCUGUUUCACUCCUUAAUUUCCAUUUUAAUAAUCUCCUAUGCAUCUCACGCCUUGUCUUUGAAAUUAUUUGUAUUGUACCCACCUUUUUCCUUUAAUAAAGAUCGAUGUCUUUUUUCUUUCAAA